AUGUUACAUCCGAACCUGGAGCACUUGGAAAUCUCUGCAACGCCGUUAGACCAUUCGACGCACAUUGCCAAGACCCUCCUCCCCAAGUUAUCUGCUGCUUGCAGAAGCCUUGAAAGCAUACACAUUGGACCAGACGCCAUCAACUCCAGUCCUCCUGUUCAAGCCCAGAUUAUGAGCGAAAUUCUUGACGCCAAUCCUACAGUAAAGGACGUGUCAGUCAUGAACGCAGGCUUUCGUGGCACCGAUAUUCUUUUCCGUUGGCUGGGCCAGCGUCCCGGUCUUGAAGCUCUGGAGCUGGACCUCGAUCCUGGUACACAACUGUUGCCGUUUAUCCAAGACCCCGGCCUUCCAGCCAACUCCUUUUCUUCGCUGCUUCGACUGCACGUAAUGUGCUACCCUGAGAUUGCUCUCGCACUUCCAGCUCUUCUUCCGAACGUCGAGAAGCUUUCUUUCGAUCUCGCCCGGAUGCCAGACCAUGCGCCCGUCGAAUCGGACAUUGCAUUUUUGGACAAACUACUGUAUACUCUUACCCGAUGUCAACGUCUCAAGUCUGUGAAGGCCAAUAUUGGUCUACUGUCGGCAUCAUUUCCUUCCAGCGAGACCUUGCCCAUACUGCAUGGCGCAUCUUUAGUAGCUUUUGCAUCCGCAUGUCCAAAUUUGACAGACCUAGCGCUGCUCGUCUCAAAACCAGCUGCGAUUAAUGCAUCCUGCAUCUCCAGCACCGACUUCCUGCAAUUCUGUCGAUUAAUGCCACGGCUUAUGCAACUUGACUUGGAGCUUCAUCCUCAGACGACAAUAGCAUUGGAAGAGUGCGCACUCAACCUUCUUGGAGAACACUGCCCUCAACUCGAGGUGCUUCGCUUGAAGGUGGCUCUUCAACUACCGAGCUUGACUACAAUUGAGGAUGAGCCAAAGUUGGCUUACGGAUCCGAGGCACUGGGUGCCGCAUCUACCCAGAUGGAGCCGACAAUAUAUGAGUAUGGCGUUGUCUAUAUUGGCGCCGAAGAAGCUGCAGUCCGUACCUCCUCGCCGACAGCACCUCUCUUUGCGAGACUCAACCAUCUUGCGCUCGCCCGGCCACAGACUGUGCUUUCCGUAGCUGCAAGCACAUAUGCAACCUCCAUUAGUUCUCAGUCAAGCUCUAUCACCGAUCCUUGGCUCGAGGAAGAGCUCGUACGUUCGUGGGCGCAUUCUCUCCUUGUACAUUUCCCACGCCUCGACAUCCUGGAGGCCUGGGGUGACUGGACUGGUCAGGAAAACGACUCGAUGAACUAUUUCUUACCACUCGAAGAGCCAUUGGCCAGUAUUUGGGAGUUCUUAAGCGGUGUGGAGCAAGACCUUUGGGACGACGGGCAACCUCACACUACCGAGGGGCCGGAAAGCUGGGACGAUGACUUCGAACAGGGUGUCAGCGUCCGGAGCAGUGGUGAUUGGGACCGGGCCAGCCUUGUCAAUGAGUAUCCUGGGAGCGCUGGCAGUGGCUAUCUGGAAACUUGCGACGAGGAACCAGAGGAUAUGAUCACUCCUGUGGACGAUAGGAAUCAUUGGUUCACGAAAGCCGAAGACGCACAAACGACUCUUCCCGUGAAGCCCGACGAUCAGAACAUGCACGCUCUCAGUGACCGCGUGGGAGAUGUUACACUUCAUUAG